GUAAUCUGAAGGCGGAAGUUGGUAAAUCUGGAAAUUUUGUCAUUUGUGCUGCCUAAUAUUCUGUAUUACUAAAUUGCUCACCAUGGCAACACUACAUGUCCAAGGGAACCCGACCAUCAUCAACAUGGACGAACCAGAGAAGUCAUCUAAAGACGAGAGCAUCACCGAUGACUUUAUGUAUGGUUCCAACGUGGCGUCUGCUCAUAUCUAUAUCCGCAUGGGUUUCUUGAGGAAGGUGUAUGGCAUUCUCUGUACCCAGCUCUUGAUCACUGCUGCGUAUGCAUACAUGUGUUUUAAGUUUGAACCACUGGAACAGUUCUACAAAAAGAAUCCUUGGAUGUUGUUUGUUGUGAUGAUCCUCAGCUUCGUGUUCCUGAUCGCCCUUCACGUCAAAGCUCAGCAGACGCCCAUCAACUUCAUAUUACUUGGCCUCUUUACAUUAUGUGAAGCUUCUCUGAUUGGAUGUGUCGUGACCAUGUACGAUGGCUUCAUCGUGAUUGAGGCAGCACUUAUCACGUUUGCGGUCACACUAGGACUAACUCUCUACACUUUCCAAAGCAAGAGAGACUUCAGCAAAAUGGGUUCAACAUUGAUUGUGUUGCUCAUGAUGCUCAUCAUGGUCUCGUUCCUGCAGAUUUUCUUUCGAGCUGCAUGGAUGGAUUUAGGUAUUGCUGUGGUCGGUGCUGUAAUCUUCUCUGCCUUCAUCAUCUAUGACACCCAUCUACUGAUGCAUCGACUCUCUCCUGAAGAAUACAUGACCGCCUCCGUCAACCUUUAUCUCGACAUCAUCAAUCUCUUUCUCUACAUUUUGAGGAUCCUCAAUGCGGCCAAGAAAUAGGUGCAGGCAUACACAGGCAAAAUUGUCCACGACAAAAUCUAUGUAGGUCAAGUCUACUUGAAGGAUUGGUUGAGGAAUCAUUUAGGACAGUUUUCCUUGGUCGUGUUACCAUUCCGAAUUAAAGGUCAGUUCCCUUGGAUCUGGCCCUGCUGACCAUAUUUGUUGGUUCUCCUGUAAAUUUCAUCUGAUGUGUGUCAUAUCUUUUAUCAUGCUUAUCGACUUGGUAAAAGUUGAUGAAGUUAGAUUUCCAUCUAUAUUUGAGAAGGACUUGACAGGAAUGGAUUCUCUUCUGUGACUGUCUAUUGUCUCGAGCCUAAUGACUUGUUGUAUUUCAUGUCUAGUUCAUGGGUGAAGCGCGGUGUAUCUUUUUGUGGGCGAGAUAGGUUGGGAAAGUUUUUGCUCUGUGAUGUUAAUGUGGGGAUGUAUAUAUAUUGGUUUGGGGAGAAACAAAUAUUUAUUAAGUGUCAAAGACUUAUGACAGACACAUAAAUUUUGUGGAGAUGUUCCAUAUUCAUGUGAUACUGGUGGCAGAUUUUAAUUGAUUACAGUGGUGUAAUUAAACAUUUGUCAAUCAA